CGGGUAACAAGGAGAGAGAGAGAGAGAGAGGUUUUUACACAAUCGAGUUGGGGGCCAUGGAAGAAGAAGAAGAAGGGCUUGCCAUGCUCAUCACUCACUCUCUCUCUCCGUCUUUCACCCCUUCACUACCCAGUUUAUGAAUAUCUGUGAUCAUCCUUUUCACAGACGGUCCUUCUUUGACAUUGAUGAUUACUCCGUAGAUGACUUCUACAGCCUUGUAAUGGCAGCUGGAAAGUCUGGAAGUUUCAGGAUGGCGGAACCUCUAAAGCAUCCAUCUAAGAAGUUUCGAAGAGAUAGGAGCAGGGGAAAAUCAUCUGGAAGGUCCUCCAGGGAUGAAGCUAUGGAACAACAAAUUUGGAAAGAUUUGCCUGAGGAUCUAUUUGAGCCUGUGAUUGCACGUCUUCCCUUUGCCACAUUUUUCCGCUUCCGCUCUGUAUGCCAACGAUGGAAUUCCUUGCUGACUUCUCAAAGUUUUUCUCAGCAUUGUGCUCAAGUCCCACGAGCAAACCCAUGGUUUUACAUAAGUCAUGAACAUGCAAAUUCGGGAUCCAUGUAUGACCCUUCUAUGAAGAAAUGGUACCAUCCCACUAUAUCAACACUGCCUGCGAAGUUGAUGGUUCUACUUCUACCAGUGGCUUCUGCAGGGGGUCUAGUUUGCUUUCUUGACAUUUAUCAUCAAAAUUUAUAUGUUUGUAACCCUUUGACUCAAUCAUUAAAGGAAUUACCAACUCAGUCAGUUAGGCUCUGGUCUCGUGCUGCUGUAGGGAUGACAGUAAAUGGAAACUCAACUGGUACUGGCUACAAGAUCCUAUUGGUGGGUUGUGAUGCAGAAUAUCAAAUUUAUGAUUCAGUAACAAAGUCUUGGAGCCAUCCAGGAAACAUGCCUGCAGAUAUCAAGCUGCCUCUGUCACUCUAUUUUAGGUCACAAGCCAUUUCUAUCGAUAGCACCCUGUACUUCAUGCAUUCAGAUCCCGAAGGGAUUGUAUCCUAUGACAUGGCAACUGGGGUUUGGACACAGUACAUAAUCCCCGCACCAUCGGAUCUGACUGACCGCACACUGGCUGAGUGUGAUGGCCGGAUAUUGCUUGUGGGGUUGCUCACGAAGAAUGCAGCCACAUGCAUAUGCAUAUGGGAGCUGCAGAAGAUGACUUUCUUGUGGAAGGAGGUUGACAGAAUGCCAAACGUAUGGUGCUUGGACUUUUAUGGGAAGCACGUUAGAAUGACUUGCUUGGGAAACAAAGGCUUGCUCAUGCUAUCCUUGAGAUCAAGACAAAUGAAUCGAUUGGUUACCUACAACAUAGCAAGUAGGGAAUGGGUGAAGGUUCCUAGCUGUGUGGUGCCACAUGGAGGAAAGCGGCAAUGGAUAACACAUGGUACUGCAUUUUAUCCAUGCCUCACUAUAAUGGCUUGAUUUAGCUUGUAUAAUAUGGCGAUGGCCCGAGAAUGCUUCCCAGUUACCACAAAUCAUGAGGUUCUUUGCGAUUUGCUGGCCAUUAAUGCUGAUGUAGGAAUGAUAAUGUUCAUUGCUGGUUAACAAAGCAGAUGGAAAAUGAUGCGGGUUUUUAGUACUUAAUGUUUUCUCCAUGCUCUCAAGCGUGCACUUGGUGAAGGUUGUUUUCAAGACUUUUCUCUGUAUAUGAAGAGGGACAAUAAGAGGUUUUUAUGUUUCUCGUCUCAAUGCAACCACCUAGAAGGUUGUGAAGGUUUAAUUCCUGUUAGUAUCAUUCAUAUUUUCAAGCUGGAAGGUCCAAAAUGGGGCUGGAAUUAUUAGCUAUAAUUUUUUUCUUCAGGGAAAAUACAUUCAAAAUUGAAGCCUCGUGAGUCAACGGAGAGGCAUAUGAAGAGCCUCAAACGUUCUCAACCUGGCCUCUCCCUUAACAGGGAACUAUAAAUAUGGGUGUUUCUGGUGUCACUUAGCCACUUCAUGCUGAAUCUUUGCUCUUGCAGUCUUGCAUUGUAUAAGAUUAUGUUUUUACACAAAUUUGUGACUUUAAAAGAAGUCGUGAUCUCUGUUCCACACUUGUGCUUAACUGCUGUUUGCGUAGUACAAACCGUAGCUUUUGUCGGACUGCUUCUAGCAUGUCACACGGUGAAGAAGCUGGGAUUCUAAUUUUGAUGCCUCCCUCCAACUUCUAAUUAAUGCAGUACACUUCAAGUUAAGGUCAUUCUUAUUUUACGGUUUAUUAUAGAUUUAUAGUUGUCUAUUUUAAGACGGUAGGAACAAAGAACAACAACCACUAUGAUUACUGUCAAAAAAAAAAAAAAAA